GGCAAGCAUGGCGGAGUUCGGACCUCUCCUGCUGCGAACAAUAACCUCGGUGACCUCUCGAGCGUUGUCUCGGAAUGCGAAGGGUGCUGCACGGCAAUGCCGUGAGAGAUGCAGCGCCGCAGCGGCAGCGUCGGAAGCCAGAGCAGUAGCAGCGCCGAGCGUUUCCGCGUUCCAGCAUUUGGAGCGGAGGCGGGGCAUUUCUUCCAGCGCAAGGGCUUGCCAUGGGGAUCACGAAGAGGGCUUCGAACACGCGGAAACGGUGGAGAUUACUUGGGAGAACAAGGACGGCUUGAAGAAGAAGACGGCGGCCAAGUGCGGCAUGAACCUCAUGAGGGUGGCGCACAAGCACGGGAUCGACUUGGAAGGUGCCUGCGAGGGCGUUUGUGCUUGCUCUACGUGCCACGUGAUAAUGUCAAACGAGGUGUUCGACCAACUGCCGGAGGCGAGCGAGGACGAAGAAGACAUGCUUGACCUAGCCUUCGGCUUAACCGAAACGUCGCGACUCGGCUGCCAAGUCAUCGUUACUCCGGAAAUGGACGGAAUAGUGGUGAAACUGCCGGCAGCGACUAGAAAUUUCUACGUAGAUGGCCACGUCCCCCAGCCCCAUUAAGACACUGGUGAUAUUUUACUGCUGUGGCGGUUUCAGUGAGUCUUUGAAGGAGAAGGCUGGGGGUGCAAUAUUAAGCCCCCCCCUCACAAGGACGAGCUGCCUGUCCCUGUCCCUACCUUCUGAAGGCUUGGUUGGUGGUGGGAGGGGGGUGUAGCACGCGAGCGCGGUUGAGAACCAACCUAAAUAGGGGCCACCUGUUGUGACGAGCGAAGUGUUCCUGUUGCUUUGAUACAAAAAGUGUUGAAAGUAUUGAAAGGUAUAAUGCCUCGCCGUGUUUUUAACACCACAGCCCUUGGGAGCAAUGAGACGGUUUCUGCCCCCCCGUCGACCGGCGCGCCGAGGAGGUGUGUAACGAAUAUAGGUCUUGUGAAACACCGCUUCCGUGCACCUGUCUCUGUCGUUGGUCCUCGAAGCGUCCUGCCAGAGACUCUGUGCCGUUCGUUGACUUCUUGUUCGCACAUUGCACACUUUGGAGCAUCCGGUGCAAGCGGCAAGACGGGGAGGGUGUUUGAGAAAGAACAUCAGAGACCAUGUGUCGAGGUCGUCAGGCCUGUUUGUACAUGGCGUUUUUUGGUCAACCCUCUUCUGUCGGUCGUUCUUUCUUCCUGUUUCCCGUUGCCAUCUGCCUGCUCGAGGGGUUGUCGUGCGAGGUAUGGCGAUUGCGGUUAUCCAUGGGAAAAUGAAGGCUGGGGGUGUUAGGAUAAAAAUAAUUGACGGGUGUGGCGGACGGGGUCGGUCCUGGAUAUUUUACGGAGCCACUUUUAAGGCAUUUCGUGAUUUUCUAAACUACGUGGGCGCUCUCUCUCUCAAUCUCUGUCAUUGCCCGUUGUUGCGACAAAAACUUUCCCCGUUGGGAAUACCAAGUCGAUAUCGGUAAACUACUCGAAGUAUGUAGUUCUUUUUGUGGAGGACAGGGGUAUUGCAGUCUAGAGGUGAUUCUUCCACGAAGGUCACUCAAUACCUUGAGCCCGCCAAAUUCAUCUGUUCAGAUCUUUAGCACGGAUGGGUGUACGGCGCAUCAAGAGGAGGGGUUGACGUGUAGGGCAGGUGUGUGGAGGUGAUGUUGUACACUAUUACUGGUACACUGGUGAUGAAAAAUGACUGCAAGGUACGAUCUGAGCCGAG